AUGGCUGAAAAUCUUGUGAAACACUCAGGGGGGAGUAGAAGUAGAGGAAUGGAAGAGCUUGGUAAUGAGUAUUUUGAUGAUUUAGUAUCUUUUUCAUUCUUUCAACCAAAAACCACUCACUGGAAUACAUCUUAUUUUAUCAUGCAUGAUCUUGUUAUUGAUUUGGAUAGAGCUGUUUCCGGAAAGUACUCUUGUUUGUUAGAGCACAAUGAAGAUAUUGAUAAGUUUGAGAAGAAAAUACGUCACCUUGGAUGUGUCAUGGAACUCCUUUAUCAUAAUGACGAGAAAUCUAGUUUUAAUUUUGAAGCUACUCAUUUGCGAACCUUUUUAUCAUUAGGUGAAGUUGAUCAACGUGUUCCUAUUCCUCUGGAAGUGCUGCACAAUUUUCUAUUGAAGUUAAAAGGUUUGAGAGUUCUAUCUUUUCGUUAUUCUCAUAUGUUGGAGUUGCCUGAUUCAAUUGGUAAACUAAAAUAUCUUCACUAUUUAGAUCUUUCUUACACCAACAUUGUGAAGUUGCCUGAAUCAAUUACUGUAUUAUAUAAUUUACAAACAUUGAAGUUAGAAAAAUGUUUCGAGCUUCAAACUCUGCCCGAAGGCAUGCACCAUCUCAUUAGUUUGAGACACCUUAUUAUCAGAGGAGCUGGGCUAGUAGAGAUGCCAAGCCAAAUGAGUAAAUUGACGAAACUCCAAAUAUUGACAACAUUCGUUGUGGGAAAAGAGAGUGGGGCCAAAAUAGAAGAGUUGGCAGAACUUGCAGACCUUCGAGGAGAGCUUUCCAUUGAGAAGUUAGAAAACGUGGUCAACAUCACAAGAGCAUCGAAUCAAGCCAGUGUACUAUAUAAGAAGCAACUUGAGAAAUUUAGUUUGGAAUGCACAAAAUUUCCAAACUGGGUUGGGAAUGAUUCUUUUAGCAACAUUGUUCAAGUAAAGCUUGAUGAGUGUCAGCGUUGCUCCAAUUUACCACCACUUGGGCAACUGGCUUCGCUUAAACAUCUUGACAUUUCAGGAUUCAAUUCAGUAGUAUUAGACUAUUGUGUCCCACAUGGAAUAAGUAUGGAGCCUCAUAAUUCUUGUCAAGUAGUGAUGGUGGGUGCUGAGUUUUAUGGGAAUUCAAAAGAGCCAUUUUCAUCAUUAGAAACUUUAAUAUUCAGCUACAUGUCAUCAUGGGAGGAAUGGGAAUCAAAAGAUUCAGCAAAAUACAGAAAUCUCAAAACACUUAAGAUUCGUCUUUGUCCUAAGCUCAUUGGGAAUUUGCCUCCCUUUCUUCCUUCAUUAACAGAGAUUAAAAUCGAUGCACAUUGGCAGGGUGCAUUAACCAUCCCAAGAUUACCAUGUUGGACUUGCUGCCCCAAAUUGACUUACCUUGAAAUCAUGGAUUGUUUCAAAAUGAAGUGGUUGCCAGUGAGGAUGGCUUCACUCUUAUCUUUAAAGUAUUUGAGUAUUUAUGGUUGUCCAUUGAUAGAGACUUUGCCUGAAGGUGGUCUCCCCAUUUGUUUGUCUACACUUAAAAUAUCCUAUCAUGAACUUUUGAGGAUAAAUUGGAAUUGGCAAACAUUACCUCAUCUUAAGCAUGUUGAAAUUGAAGGAGAUAAAGAAGAUUUGGAAUCAUUUCCAGAGGAAAGACUACUGCCUACCACUAUUACCUCUCUUGGUAUCGUAAGAUUUUCAAAACUUAAAUGCCUGAGCAAAAAUGGGCUUACACAACUCACCUCCUUGCAAACACUUGAAAUCCGAUCCUGCCCCGAGUUGGAUACAUUGUCAGAAGAAGGUUUUCCAACCUCCCUCAGCUCUUUAAACAUAAUUGAUUGUCCUCUGCUGGAGAAGAAGUACUACUGCUCUAGCAAGAUUAGUCACAUACCAGAUGUCACUUUUGAUUGA